UGGGAUAGCAAGCUGUCUAAAAAUGAACCUUGAAAAAAAUAUGGAAAGAAUUGAUGUAUGCUAGGCUGAAACCUCUUUUCGAUUCUCUUUGUUUUGACUUCUUGGCAGACUCAAUUGCUGUAACCAAAUGUGUCUUAGAGGUUGACCUGCGGAUAUUUAAAGAAAUUUAACUAAAUUUUAUUUAUCUAGAAAUAUAGCCGCAAAAUAAAGUACAAUUCGACAAGUAGAAAUAUCAAAUGUCAAGAACUGACAGCUGAAAGCAAUAAUUAAACUAAACUAAAUGUUAUGUUUAUUGAAGAGCAGUUUGUCUACCAUUAAAUUAAUCAAUUAAUCUACAAAAUUCAGACGUGAUAUUAUGUACUUUUAUUAACUAAACGCCAAAAGUAAUAAAUUUACUGUAUUACUUACCAUACAAAUUGGUGUGCAUUAAACUUUGGAAGGGACAAAGCGGACAAAGCAUCUAUAAAGUGCCAACAAGAAAAUAGGCGAUUGACUGAAAAUAAAAAUAAACGACAAAAUGCUUCCGCUUCCGCGAGGAGCGGUUUGGCAAACCCUCUUCCUAUUAUGUGCGGUGCUUUUCAUAAAUGAGGUCCGUUCAGAAGGCAGAGUCGUUUGCUACUACACCAACUGGAGUGUCUACAGACCAGGCACAGCGAAAUUCAAUCCACAGAACAUCAAUCCAUAUUUGUGUACACAUUUGGUGUACGCUUUUGGUGGAUUUACAAAAGACAAUCAGAUGAAACCCUUCGAUAAGUACCAGGAUGUAGAACAAGGCGGCUAUGCCAAAUUCACUGGCUUGAAAACGUACAAUAAGCAAUUGAAGACCAUGAUUGCCAUCGGUGGCUGGAAUGAGGCCUCAUCACGUUUCUCGCCGCUUAUGGCCAACCCGGAGCGACGACAGCAAUUCAUUAAAAAUAUUUUGAAAUUUCUACGUCAAAAUCAUUUUGAUGGCAUCGAUUUGGAUUGGGAGUAUCCGGCACAGCGUGAGGGCGGCAAGCCGCGCGACCGCGAUAAUUAUGCGCAGUUUGUGCAAGAGGUGCGCGCCGAAUUCGAACGUGAGUCACAGAAGACCGGACGUCCACGUCUGCUGCUGACAAUGGCUGUACCAGCAGGCAUUGAGAACAUCGAGAAGGGUUACGAUAUACCCAAACUGAACAAGUACCUUGACUGGUUCAAUGUGCUCUCGUAUGAUUUUCAUUCAUCGCACGAACCAUCGGCUAAUCACCAUGCUCCAUUGUACUCACUGGAGGAAGAGUCCGAGUACAAUUAUGAUGCAGAAUUGAAUAUUGAUUAUUCCAUCAAAUAUUAUUUGAAAGCUGGCGCUGACCGCGACAAGUUGGUGCUGGGCAUACCAACAUACGGACGUUCGUAUACACUGAUUAAUGAGGAGAGCACAGAAAUUGGCGCACCGUCAGAGGGACCGGGUGAACAGGGCGAUGCUACACGUGAAAAGGGCUAUUUAGCCUACUAUGAGAUAUGCCAAAAUCUGAAAGAGGACCCUGAGUGGACCGUAGUACAACCAAAUCCUAAUGCAAUGGGCCCAUACGCCUACAGACGUAAUCAAUGGGUUGGUUAUGAUGAUGAAGCCAUUGUGCGUAAGAAAGCGCAGUAUGUGGUCGAACAUGGCUUAGGUGGUAUUAUGUUUUGGGCCAUCGAUAACGAUGACUUCCGCGGCACUUGCAAUGGAAAACCCUAUCCAUUGAUAGAAGCAGCUAAGGAUGCUAUGCUCGAGGGCUUGGGGCUUGGCAUCAACGAAGUUGCUAAACCGAAUGCGCCCAAGAAGCCUUCACGUUCACGCAGUCGUGAGAAUUCGUCAUCGAAAUUAAAUCGUAUUAGUGGCAGCAGCGAGGGUAAGGGAUCUGCGAGUCGUACGACUUCGAGUAGUGGGCGCCGUCGUUUACAAUCCACCACAACAACAACAACACAAGUGCCCGAAACUACGAUAAAAUUGACUAAUCCAGAAGGCUCUUCAUUGUAUAUUGGCGGCCGCGUGACAACACCAGCACCACCUACCACGCCUGACCCGGGAACUGACUUCAAAUGCGAAGAAGAAGGGUUCUUCCAACAUCCACGUGACUGUAAGAAAUACUAUUGGUGCUUAGAUAGCGGUCCGUCUGGUUUGGGCAUUGUGGGCCAUCAGUUCACUUGCCCAUCGGGACUGUAUUUCAACCCGGCCGCAGACUCGUGUGACUUUGCGCGUAAUGUGCCCUGCAAAACGAAGAAAGCUACAACCGCUGCACCUGUAAGCAGCACAACGACGACAACCACUACACCACGUCCUACAGCUUCCCUCAAUCGUAUUUCGGCUGCCACUUCGCGCACAUCUUUCUUUAGAACCACCACUACAACUACAUCAGCUCCAGAGGAGUACGAAGAAGAAGAGGAGGAGGAGGUGGAGGAUGUACCAACACAUACUAAAGAUAGAGAUGCUGAAGAAGAUCCACAGGUUAUAAAAGAACUCAUUGAACUCAUACGCAAAGUGGGUGGUCUUGAAGAGUUAGAAAAGCACUUGCAACGGAAAGAUGAUGGCACAAUAUCGAUUAAAGGCGGCUCGAGUGAAUCAGGUGUGGCUACAACGCCAACGCCGAUUAGUAAAAAUCUUUACGACAAAGUGCUUAGCAAACCUAACACCUUCAACUCGUUCCGCAAUCGCUUUUCCUCAUCAUCACUAUUUAGAAAAUCUGGCCAAGCGAAAACGGAAGAGUCGACUAGUAGUAAAUUAGAAAGCGAGGAAUCACAGUCUAGUGAAGGUGCCAGCAGCAGCGGCUACUCCAAAUACUCGUCUGUCGUGCGCGGUAACAGCAGGCAGGGUCCGCAAAAUGAGGGACUUGAUAAGUUGUCCGAGUUCGAUGGUUUUCUGAAAGAAAAGAAACAAUAUGUGACAAUAAACAGGCAUAGAGGUGCAUUUAGAGGACAAGAUGAUGAAGAUGAAGUAGAGGAAAAGCAAACUGUUGAAGAUGAUACCGAAGAAGAGGAAUUGAGUAGUAGAAGCAAAACCACAAAGCGGCCAACCAACACAGUCACACCUUCGUAUGCCAGCAUAAAACGCACCAGACUAACAACUAUUCGUACUGAAUCAGAUGAAGACGCUGAAGGAAGUGACGAAGAGGCUAAAACUGUAAAAGAGAGUGAAGACAAGCGUACCUACACAUCACUAAAUCGGAAUCGCGGUAGGUUUACCACCACUAAAAGCAACCAGCCAGCAGAGGAAGUUGUAACUAAUUCAAAUAGGUAUAAAUAUCUGGAGCGUACGCGUCCCACAAACAGGCUUCAGACAUCGGCCAGCAGUCAAGAUGACGACGAGGAGGAUCAAGAGGAUGAACAAAAUGUAACGGUACAAUUAAAUGGGGCUGCAAUAGAUUCCACACAAAAAUCAACACAAACCACAACACGCAUCUAUGCGAAUAUAGGUCGUCGUACCACAACAACAGAGACUCCAACCACCACCCAAGAAACACCAACCAGAUACAAUUUAUUAGAGAACAUUUUUAGUAACAACGAAACACCUGAACCAAUUUUACCAACUACUACUACCUCUAUAACAACCGCAAAUGACUCACACGCCCUAUCCAUAACCAUUAAAAAUACUAAUCCCCAAUUCAUACCCAUUACCACGAAACAAACCAUUGCCACCACAUCCCAACCCAUUAUUUCCACAACAAUUGCAGCCGCUACUACAACAACAUCAAAUGAUAUUGAACUAACCGAUACCAAAUCCACCAUUACUACACUCCCACCAAACUUUGAGUCUGACUCAAAGGAUGCCUUAGACCUUUCGCUAGAUGUGAAUUCCCUUAUUGAAAAAACUGCCUUAAGUCCCAACGAAAGUCCAAAGGAUAUAGAAUUCGCUGAGACUACAACGGCUAGAACAACGAAAACUCCAACAACGACCGAAACACUGACAAGCACUGCUACUACAGUCACCUCAACUGACACUGACUCAACCUCCAACGGCGAUGAGGUAACGAAUUUAAGUAAUAAUCGCACAAAGACACAAUAUAAAUUUAUAACAAGAACACGAAAUGUUACUAAAGCAACAACAACAAACACUGACAUAGACACUGAAAAUGAAAGUGAAAACAACAAAAUUUUCGAAGAAACCAAAAAACCUAGUCUAAAAACGGGUAGUAGUAGUAGUACUGAUGAUAAGCUAAGUAGUAAUAUUAGAGGUAAUACCUUUAAAUACUCUGGUGGUAGAAGACAACAACAAACAAACGAGUUACUAACUCGUAAAAAUCAAAUACAAAAUCAACAGAUAGAUUCCACAACGGAUUCCACAAACAGCAUAACAACCACCGAAUCUACACCCACUAAUGAAUUCCUGGGAACCAUAUCUAGCCCUAGACCCUUCGGUUAUCCCAGGCGUCGUACGCGCCCGAAUAAUAUCAAUCCAACCAACAAUGCUGAUGUACAAACUACUACUACCGAGAGUUCAGAAGAUGAACAAAGCAUAAUUAAGUCGAGGUUAACGGCGACAAGUGCCUCCAAAAAUAAGGUGAGUUCCAAUUCAGAUGUGUUGCAAGUACAAACCGGAUUGGAAACAAACGAUGAUGAGGGCAGCACUACGCACACCCUUACACAAAUGAAAUUGCACACACACACGCAUGUAGUAGAUGUAGUAGACGGUAUUAGUGGUGUAAAUACAAAUAAUAGUCUAAGGCAUGUUGUAGAUAGAAACCAUAGCUUAAGUAUAAACAAUACACUUUCAGCACAAGAAAAGAGUGACAGUCGAGCGAAUAUCGCCUCCGCUGAGACCCUAAAAAGCGAGCUCGAAAGCAAACGCGAACAAUUAGCUAAUACAGUGUCAGAAAACAAAAGUAGGGAUAGUGUAACGCAGCUAAACACUUUGACGACAAAUACCAAAGACGAGACGCAGAAGACAAGUAAGUAUCGCGGCAAAAGUUUGACAACCGAGACCGGGUCAGCGUCGGCUCUAAAUGGUAUUUCUGCAACGACAGCUGACACGACGAAUUUCCGUAGUCGUGGCUUGAAAAUGGUAAGCGAAGAAAAAGAAGAGCUGAAAGGCCUCGAAGCUGGCAACGAGUCGGUUAGUACCGCCGAAAGCAGCGCUACUAAUCACACGACCUCGACAUACACAACAGUCGUUAGAGACAACGGUAAACAAAACACAACUUCGACUGUGACCAUGCAUGCCAACGAAACCACCAUAACCGACGAGGGUAACGGUUUGGUAAAAAUUCAAACAGUCUAUACGACAAUCACAAAUACUGACGCUGUUGGUACGGAACAACAUAAAACAAGCGCUGACGAUCAAUCAACGCAAAAUAGUAAUGGAAAUGUUGUGAAUAACAGCAAAACUGGCAAAACCUACGCCACUAUCAACAGAGGAAACGCGCAAACGCACGAAACGAAGCUAGACGUAAGCUAUACUGCAUCCAACGAGGAUUUGGGCACUAAAAAUACCACCACUGUCAAAACUCUGGGCGAUGGCAGCAUCGUGCGUACAACAGUCUAUACCACGAGAACGAAAGAUAGCAACGGUAAAAUCAUCACCACAAUAGUUGAAGAAACCAUAACCACGCGCACGAAAAUCGAAAACUAUGAAGACAGUAACAAUUACGAGGGUGGUGAUCGCAAAUAUCAAACCAUAACGCGUCGCACUGAUCACACGCAUGAUCCCACUAUCGAGACAAUACAUUACAACACUAUUAUGCGCGAUAGCGACGGCGUAAAACUAAACGAGGACCAAACAUCCUCUUUCUACCGAAAUCUCGAAGAAGUUGCAAAGCAAGCGGAACAGAGUCGCAGUCGCAUAUACCAGGGUAUAUCACGUGGUGGCAAAAUCACGCAAACGGCGAACGAAAGCGAUGCAACCAGUGGAGUGGUAGAAAGUGAAGAUAGCAGGUCGGUCGAAAAAAGCGAAACGCACUCGACUGAACGUGGCUCAAGUAAGUAUCAUACAAUAAAUCGAGGGCAUACGGUAAGUGACUUCCAUGCAAGUACUGAGAUAUCGAAUCAGCGCGAAAACAGUCGUUUCACGGACAAAAGAAGUAAGAAUGCGAGUGGUGGUUACGUUAGCACAAGUCUUUCGCAGGAAAAGAUAUCGGGAUUGAAAAUAACUGAAGACAAAAAUGAAAGAUCAACAUCAAAUAAAAAUAGCAUCGAUAAGAAUGCUAAGUUCUCUGGCGCUUCCGUUGAUGGUUCGUUGGAAGUGGAAAAUACGGCCGCCGAGAUUACUGAUGAGGAAAAGCACGCAACUACGCCACGGUUGGCAAAAACUACCACCGAAAGUUACAUCACGACAACUGUUGAGGUAAGCACUUCGCUACCAGAAGUUGAUGAAACUACUAUAACACCCGCCGAGUUAUCAGUAACUACAGUUGUCCCCGAUAUUAAGGAAACUACAUUGUCAACUUCCUCCCAAACUGAACUUUCAUCUCACAAGGAAACUUUUGCACAUCACAGAGGUAUAGCCUCAUAUUCCGCUGUAAAGUCCGAAGAUACGUCAAAUGAGACCGCAAGAAAAACUAGUGUUCGACCUACUAUAACCAAAACUUCUGCUGAAACCGAUGCAGCUGUUAAAAAGAAAAUCACGACUCGUCACAAAGUUAAAACAGCUUCGGAAAAUAUAGAGAUAAAAUCCACUGAAGUAAGGUCCAAAGUCCGUGGCAGACCAACUACAACACCUGUUCCACAAACUACUUCACAAUCGGAAAUUGAAGAAACUACAGUAGCAACUACUGAAACGAGUUUGAAAGUUCGUGGUACCCUAACUACAACCGCAGUUCCAGAAACUACGACCCACUCAGAAAUUGAGGAAACUAUAGUAAGAUCAACUGAAGCGAGUCCCAAAGUACGUGGUAGACCGACUACAACUGCAGUUUCAGAAACUACCGCCCACUCAGAAAUUGAAGAAACCACAGUAGCAACGACUAAAACGAUUUUAAAAGUUCCUGGUAACCCAACUACAACUGCAGUUCCAGAAACUACUACUCACCUAGAAAUUAAGGAAACCAUAGUAGUUUCAACUCAAGCGAGUCCCAAAGUACGUGGAAAAUCGAGUACAACUGCAGUUCCAGAAACUACCGUUCACCCAGAAAUUGAAGAGACCACAGUAACGUCUUCACUUACAACUGCUGCUCCCGAAACCACUUCCCAAUUAAUGAUUGAAGAGACCACUGUAGCUGUUACAAACACGGUAAAAACUGAGCCCAAAGAUAGCACUAAAGUUACUGUUAUAGAAAACACAUCAGCUCCAGAAACAACAACAUCGAUCCCUUCUGAAACCGAAACAACUGCUUUUCCAGAAACGACCAUUUCCAGUGCUUCCAUCAACAAAAUAUUAUCAUCCCGUCACAAAGUUCUGGCAUCUUCUGAGAUCACAGAAAGGCACACAAGUGAUACUAAUUUCAAAGUAAGAAGCAAACCAACUAAAAUAUCUUCUGGAGAAACUACCGAAGAAAUCACAACAUCAUCUGAAACCGAUGCAACUUCAAAACGGACUAUACUGCGUCACGGAGUUAGUGGAUCCACAAAAUAUACGGAUAAUGAUUCUACUGAAACAUUACACAAAGUUCGCAGCAGACCAAUUACAACUGUUGGUCCAGAAAUCACAGUAGCAAAGUCUUCACAAACGGAUAAUACUGCGUAUAGAAGAAACAUUACACGACACAGAACCUCCGAUAAAAUAGAAGAGAGUUCAACAGACAGUAAAUCCAAAGGACGUAGUAGACCGACUACAACUAUUUCUCCGGAAACCACAAUAUUAUCUUCUUCAGUAACUGAUACUAACGCGAAUAGAAGAAACGGUAUUCGACACAAAACAGCCACAUCUUUCCAGAAAACAGAAGAGAAUUCAAUAGAAACGAAAUUCAAAGUACGUAGCAGACCAACUAUAACGACCGCUAACUCGGAGACUGAGGAAAUUACUUUGUCAGCUUUGUCUGAAAGUAAUACCGCUACCAAUAAAAAAACAUUUACACGUCAAAGAGUUGGAACAACCGCUGAAACUAUAGAAGAAAGCUCAACUGCGAUAAAAUCGAAGGUACGUGGCAGACCAACUACAACAGCGCCACCAGAAACAACUGUCAUUCAGGAAGAAACCAUUACAUCGCCAGCAACUCAUUCUACUAUAAGAGCAUCAAAAACUCCUGCUACUCCAGCAACCACAAUUAUACCAGAAAUAAGUGAAACUACUGUCACAGUUUUUGCAGAGUCUUUGAGAUCAGACACAACUGACACAACAUCAGAAGAACCGAAAACCGAAGCCAAAUUGAGUGCAACAGAUUCACCAAUAACCACUUUUGCACCGGAAAUAAGUGAAACAAGUACAUUAUCCUCAAAUGAAGCAGUUACAGACCCUACAGAGGAUAUAAGCAAAUUAAAAUUUAUUACUGAUACACCAGCUGUCACCGAAUCUAGUACGUUUGUCAUUUCGGCCGAAACAACUACAACUCCUGUACCAACGAGUACAUUUGCGCCAAUACAGACUGCAACUCCGACUACUGGGGAAACUGAGCAACCUACACCGCAAAAUAUAGGAAUUAGAACUGCUCAGAAAAAUUUCAAAGAAAGUAAUUACUCUUCUACGAAAGCAAAAGUCAGUACUAAAGAAAAGGAAGCGACCACAGAAAAUGUUGACACACAAGUUUAUGGAAGUAAAGGUCGUGCACAGACCACACGUGGAUAUAUAUUAAAAAAUAGUGAUCAGGUCUCAACAUCGUCCAUUGACGCUACAUUGAAUCGUAAGACAACAAGUCAUACUUAUAGCGCAAACGAAAAAUCAUCAACUACCAUACAUUCAAGCAGGAGAGAAGAGAAUGAAGACGGUGAAACCAAAUCCACAACUGAAACACCACAGCGACGCACGACCUAUCGAGGUACCUACCGGCCUCACAUGGACAAAGACGAUUUAUCCUCAUUAUUGGCGCUUGAUGUUAAGAAGCAGCGACCUUACAACGAGAGUCAAUAUAACCUCGGUAAACGUAUAUACUUGGAUGGAAUUUACAAAGGGGAAGAAAGUAGUGCAUCAUCAAGCGAGCGAAAUUCCUUUCAAACCGUUGGCUCACAGCUAGAAAACAUUAAGACUGACGUACGUGAGGGAUCUAUUAAAAUUGGCGCUGGUGGUGCUGUAACUCAAGAUUUAUCGACAAGAACUACGACCGUAAAUAAUGGAAAUGAAACAAGCUCCAAUCAUCGAAGAGCAACGGUUAUUAGAAGAAGAAUCAGUGGCUUUCGAAAUGCUACCAGAAAUAGUAAUGAGGCCGUGGCAGCUAAGUUGGCUGCAGGCUCCGCUGGAAUAAAAACAGUUGAAGGUGUUGGAGAAAAUGGAAGAAUUAGUACCACGUUGACAUCCACGCAGCAGAAAACUAAGACACUGUUACAUAAUAAUGCAGAGAAUGUAAAUGAAAGCGAUUCCGAUAAUAAACACGCUGCUGUAAAGAUAACGAACUUAAAAAGUCUAGGGUCAGCAACAGUAGGCGCUCUCGAAGACAGUUCUACAUACGAAGAUGAGUCUACCUCAAGUAACAGUAAGAAACUAGAAGCAGAUGUUGCUGUUCUCGAUAGUGAAAAUAUAGCAAGUGAUGCCUUCAAGAGUGAAACGACCAAUACCGGCCUCUCAACAACAUACACCUUGAGUAGAAUUAAGGGUAGCUCAGCUGCAGGCGGUGAAGCAGAUGACAACGUCAGUUUUUCAAGUAACACUGCAAAUUUAAGUGAACGCAGUACGAUUGCCGAUAAUACAAAAUCCAAUAGAAUAUCGGACAGUACUGCCAUAUCAUCUAACGGUAUUGUAACAAGCCAUGUUAAUGAAAGUUCGGCAACGAAUUCUAGACGACUUAGCUUAUUAGCCGAAAACAGGAAGUUUUUGAAGACGGAAUCUAAUGGAGCAUCUACUGAUCACAGCGUAAACGAAGAGGAGAAUUCUGCGCAAGUUUCUGAGACAACAACAACCAAGAUGAGUGAUCUCGACAAGGUUGUCACUCAAGGCAUGGUUGGCGAUGAGGGUGCAGUUAAAACAGAUGAAUCAAAUGCUAAAGAGUUGUCGAGGAGCCGUAGUACAUCCUUUAGAUCAGGAAGUGGUCGCGCCGGAUAUAGGGGCCGCGCACAGUAUUAUAAUCAAGGUAGUAGCAGAAAUGUGAAUCGGUUAAGCGGUGCCGAUACACAUUCAUCAAAAAUCGAGUAUGAUGAAAGUGGCAAUACCAAAACUCAAACCACUUAUACACAAACUUAUAAUAACGGUCCCAAUACGCAGAAACCCGUUAAACGUGUGCACACAAAGACCGUACAAAAAGUGGAACCAGAGUAUGAGUACAUAUACGAGGUUAUAACUGAGAAAAUCCCACCAAGUACACCACGCCCAGUAACACGUAAUCGUGGUGGCGUACGCUUCCGUGACACUGAUUUGUCGUCCUUACUCUCACUAGAUUUUGCAGCCAAGUCGAAACGAAGACAAGAAGGUGAAAAGACAAUCGUUAAAACCAGAAGAAAAUUAAUAAAAAAGCCAGCGACUAUAACUGAAAGUGAACAUGUUGAAGAAUAUGAAUACGAAGAACAGCUAGCAGAACGACAAGCCGCAACUAGACCAACGCGUCCAACCGCAACUGAAGCCAGUACAAUUAUACGACGUACAAGACCCACAAGACCAUUGCGCUCAACCACGUCAACAACGCAACGAAUUACAGAUGCUGAAGAGAAGGAAGUAGCGCAACUGAAGACAACAACUGCGUCACCAAAACCGACAACCAAAAAAGGAUUUGCUUUUAAAAAGCCAAUCUCCAAACUGACUUCAAAAACUGCAACAACUGAGGAACCGCCUGCCGAGGAACCCCUAACUACUACUACUGAAGCAACUAUACAAACAACUAGAAAGGGUUUAGCAUUUAAACGACCAGUUUCAACAAUAAAAACCACCGAAGCUCCAGCUACAACUACAACAGAUGCGAGUACUGAAGCUACCGUAGCUACACCGCGACCAGGUUCACGUCGGAAAAUCAUAAAAGUACAACGUCCUCUGAGUAAAACAAAAUUUGAAGAAGUCGUUAAUGUGCAGGAAGCAGUUGUGAAGCAAGCUAAGGUCGUGACUAGUUCACAGGAGAGCUCAGCAACGAUAAUUACGACAAAAGCGCCCACAACGACAACUACUACUGAAGAACCCGUAACUACCACUACCUCUACAACUAAAGAUCCGCCUAAAACUUCCACAACUGAGGAAGCUCCCAUAAUAACAACCACAACACAGACUGUUGAGGUUGCCGACGAUUCAUUGGAUGUACUCAAAAAGGAGUUCUCUAACGCAGUUACCAAGCUCCGACACAAUGUCGAUGAAACUGUAAACGGACAUACCACCGUUCCAACCAAAACCACGACAACCACAAACACAGCUAAUGGUGAAACUAAAACCUUUACAAAAACUGAAAAUAAGGUUACUGAACACAACUCCGUGUCUGAUUUAAAUGACGAACUGAACGUUGCUGGUGAAGAUGUUUCGCUCUCAUUACCUAUAUAUCAUCGCAGAAAGUACUAUCAAUAUUAUAAAGACUCGCCAAUAAUUUAUAUAGGGAAGCCACAACCACCAACAUCAGCAGAAACCAGCAGCGUCGAUAUUAAGAAACAAAUACACGAAGUCUUCAACAUAAGUAACGAAGGCAACACAACGUUCGGUUCUGGAGAACUGGACAACAAUAGCACAGAUGUGGCAUUUGUCACGGUAGACAAUAAUAACACAGAUAAUUUUUUAUUGAAAACCCCCGGGUCAAAGUAGGGGCACCUGGGGGCAAAAUCAAUCGGUACAAAAUUUACAACAUCUGGAGAAGAAAUAAUCGAUGACCAAAACGCAAAAGCCGAAUUAGAACAGUUAUUUGCAGUGAAAAAUACGCAAACGACAACAAACAUAGCGGCUAAGAAAUACACUACCGACACGAAGGAUGAAAGCAGCAACAAUAAUCGUGUUGGCAAAACUUUUAGAGAACCAAUCUCCACAAUCACAAAACUUUCGGCCCUUAAACCCGACUUAGAUUCUGCCUUAAAUUAUCUCACUACAGAAACAACAAUCGACAAGGAAACAACCACCGUAAAAAUAACUCUACUGCCACAAGACAUAAAGCAACGGUACGAAGACGCACGCGUUUUACGCAAAUAUGUAACAUUAAAUCGCCUGCGUACCACAACAGAAGCAUCUCCGGCUAAUGAAAUCACAGCAAGCAAAGAUACCAAAACGAAGCGUGUCUACGAUACGCUCAAUCGAAACAAAACUGAGCAAUUGACAAACAACUUAAUAAAUGAAGAAAUCAAAGAACAAUCAGCAAUUAGCAAAGAAGACUUAGGCAGCUCUUCCGGUCUACGCACUUUCAAUAAAUUUAGUAAACCCUCAACACGUCUUACAGCGAAGAGACCAUUAUCCGAUAAUUUGAAUGAUGAAAUCGUUACUAACCAUAGUGCUUCGGGGAUUGAGGUAACAAGUGAUCCCAUUGAGGGUACAACACGACGCUCUUUAAUUGCAUUUAACCGACCGAAGUUUGGAACUACAACUGUUAAGACUAUAGAAGAACCAGACGAAAGUGAUUAUAGCGAUGAUGUGAGUUCCAUACCUACAGCGGCCGAAACUACAACUAGUGCUUCUCUGAUAAAAACGACGCGACGACCUCUAAAUGCCUUUUCCAAUUCGAGAUUUAGAACGACUACGUCUAAAAAUACAGACGUAGUUGCUGAAGAUGAGGACAGCGAGCAGACAACUGCCUCGAUUGGUAGCACAACAAGCGAUCCUCUGGAUAAAACUACGCGACAACGACUAAAUAGUAUCAACAGUUCCAAAUUUAGAACUACGACAGUUAAAGCCACCGAAGGAGAAGCCGGGGAUGAGGAAGCUCAAUCUUCAAUUGAAAAUUCAACCACGGAACCACAAGAAAAAACUGCUAGACGACCUCUAAAUAAUAUCGACAGUUCCAAAUUUAGAGCUACAACUGUUAAAACUACAAAGGAUGAUAACCAUAAUGAAGAAUUGGAUGAGACGACAGUUUUAGUUCCCAGCACAGCGAGUGAAUCGCUGGAAAAAUCUACUCAACGACCUCUAAAUAGUAUCAGUAGUUCCACGUUUAGAACCACAACUGCUGCAACUCCAGUUAAGGAUAAUGAUAGUGAAGAAAGUAAUAGUCAGGAGGUGGUAUAUGCUUCAAUUGAAAGUACAACAAAUGAACUUCAGGAACAAACCACUCUACGUCCUCUAAAUAGUAUUAACAGUUCCAGUUUUAGAACUAAAACAAGUAAAAUCCCAAUGGAAGAAGUCGAAGACGAAGAAAUGGAUGAGAUGACCGCUUCAGUUGAUAGCAAAACAAGCGAAAACAGACCUCGAAGACCUUUAAGUAGUAUUAACAGUUCCGAUUUUAGAACUACAACUGUUAAAACUGCCGUAGAAAAGAAUGAGGUAGAGGAAAAUGUCAGUGUGGAUGAGACAGCUAAAUCAACUGAAAACACUACAAGUGAAUCUCGACAAAAAACAAGUCGACGACCUCUAAAUGGUGGCUCAAGGUUUACAGCGACUACAUCUAAAACUGCUGAUGAGAAUAAAGGAAGUAAUAGCGCGAAAGAAACAGAUACUUCAAUUGAAAUCACAACAAGCGAACCUCUGGCAAAAACUACACGCCGUACUUUUAUCAAUAGCUCAAGAUUUAGAACAACAGCUGUUUAUUCCACCGAUAAAGAAGCAGAAAGUGAGGAAAGUAGCUCCCGAUUUAGAACCUCAACUGUAAAAUCAAAAGGUAGUAAUGAAGGGGAAGAUACUGGUCCAAGCACGCUUGAGAGUUUGAUAGAUACCACGACAAGAAAACCGCUGGAUGCAACAAAUCGACUGUCAUACAAGGGCAUUAAUAGGCUGAAAUUCAGAACCACUACCGCUCAGACUGUGGAUGAACUGGACGAAAACAGUGAAGACGAAAUCGUUAAAGAUGAAACAGUCACCACCACACGUCGUCCUUUGAUUGCCUUAAACAGAUUUGAAACCUCAACAGAAGCCUCUAUAAAAGAUCAAAAUAUCGACAUUGUGCAGGAAGUAACUACAAUAAAAGAUAUAACGCAGCGACCCUAUGCGACUUUGAAUAGGUUAACCGUAAAAACUGCCACACGGGACGAAGAAAGCUCAAGCGAACAAACGGUCGAGGAUGUAACCAGCACAACAAAAGUUGAUACACUUAAUACAACCACUGGCACAAAACGUAUAUAUGCGGCAUUGAACCGUAAGACUUUCGUAACUAAACCACCAGUGGUUAUCUCGGACGCUGUAGAUACGAUGAGCUUCGAAAGUUCAACCUUAAAUCGCAUUAGUACAACAAGUUCAGAAGAGGUAACGCCGAAGGAAACUGAGGCGACUAUAAGUACGGAAAAGAGCUCCAACAUAGUACUUGAAAGAGAUGAGUCGGAGCAGUCUGAGGAGAGCACAACUGAAACUGUAACCGAUAGUGACAACAACAGCACCGCCGGCAGCGUUGAAAUCACCAACGGAAGUACAACAGUGAAUGAGGAUGAUAAUGCAGCAACGCGUCGUCCAGUUCUGGUAAGAAAGCGUAUUUACGUAACAACUACUACAAAGGCGCCAAGUGAAGAAACCACUACUGAAGAAAGCAUAUACCCAACUACGGAAAGUACUGAUCGGCGUACUGUAAUUCUGAGAAAACGUGUACAGAGCACCACAAAGCAAGCAUCAACCACUGAGAUUGCUACUGAAGAAGCGAACAAUACGACGACUGAAAAAGACGCAGCGCAUAAAGCUACACGCAUUCCUUUGCUGAUACGUAGACGAUUGAAUGCGACGGGCACGACCACAACAGAAACGUCGAACCCAAUCGAUGAAGCGUCUACGAAUGCCGAAACUACAACGCGUCGUUCAUUUGCUGGUUUUAACCGACAGCGCUUAAGUACACAGUUGCCAGCGGAAUCACUUACAAAUGUAGAUGACUCUGAGUCGACAAGAACUGAACCUUCAACCUCUUCGAAGAAGAUCGCAUUUGGACAGACAAAUCGACAUCGUGCAUUCUUGCUGUCGACAACCGAGACGUUAACGGCUACCACAAAGGAGAUUAAUAGUGAAAAUGCACUUGUAACGGAGUCAAAAGAGCGAAUCUCUGAUACUACAAGCAUUGAAAACCUGCAGUCAACACCGGCUACAGUUACGGAUGUUACAGCAAAACGCAGUUUCAAUAAUUUGAAUCGCUUCCGUACUACUACAGAAGCGAUAAACAAAUUGUCGUCGACGGAAGAGACCAACGAAGCUUCAAUUGAUUCAACCACGCGUCGUACGUUCGGCUUUAAUCGUGAGAAAACGACCACAGUGACACCUGCCAAAAGCACAGCAGAUUUGACCACUCCGCGCACUUUCAAUGUUUUUGCGCAAAAUACACGGCCAACUACAACAAAACGACCACUACUACCAACCAUCAAUCGAAGCCUCUAUCAAAGGGCUGAAGAAGUAGAUGAUAACGAGUACAGCGACGACUAUGUAGAGCCGCUAAGACCAAGCAAACCGGCAUACCAGCGGCCACAGUUCAUCACAAGCGAACGCCCACGACUGCAAGCUGUCACGCGCCGUCCAUAUAAGCUACCAGGCGUCGCAGAUAAAGAAUAUUAUGAUGAAUAUGAGGACCGUGAUGAUGAGUAUGAUGAAAACUCAGCAGAAAAUAGUACACCAAGUCGCGUACCAUUUGGCCGCUCGCAAGCCAAACAACCUACGACCGAACUACAGUAUAGCCUGCAAAACUUGAGAGACCGCAUUAAGUUAAGUCAAACACGUGACGAAAAUAACGAAGGCGUCAUAAACUCAAGACUGCAGCUGCUUGCAGCCAAUAGGGCCAAGACCACUGCAAGACCAACAGGAACCGACGCCGACGAACAAGACGAACAUAUUGGUGACAUAGACUCAAACGCUGAGCGCAACAGCAACGCGCUUAAUGUAAAAAAUAUCAUAGUCAGUUUGUUCGCAAAUCGUUUUAAUACUAACCGUACCAGCACUGUAGCUAACACUUUAAGUGAAACUAAAAUUAAUUUAAGUCUUAAGUCUAACAGCACACGAAUAACCGAUGAUGUGAGUAGUCAUGUAGAUAAUGAAGCAAGACGUGAGGCUGAUAAGCAGUUUGAUAAUGUUGAUAAUGAUGAUCAUGAUAAUGAUGAUGAUAUUGUAGUACCAAGCACUAAUGAUAAGGGUAAUGAAGUUAAUUCUAAACGACGUUUUCAGAAAUAUCAAUUCAACCGCGCAAGAUUCACAACAACAACGACUACUGCUACUGUAGCGCCAAUCACAACAACGUCGACGACGCGUGCCGCUAUUAACCAAUUUACGCCCAAACAAUUAUACCAGUCGAACAGAAAUAGAACAGCAACAAGAACAAAUCAGGUAAAUGCGUUAGUAGAUGAUAAAGGUGAUGAUGAUGAUGUUGAUGAUGAUGAUGAAGAUGGGGAUUAUAACGAAGGUGAUGUUGAAGGUGAAGCUAAUGAAGACAGCACAAUCACAGCCACCGUAAGCACGUUGACCACUAGUCCACCUCCCACACUGAGACGUAUACGGGUGUUAAAGUACCGUCGCCCAGUUGGCGGCAUUAGCAAUGCUACCUUAAUUAGUUCUAGCGUUAAUGAUAGUAGUAAUUCUGCAAUUUCUAGUGUUACUAAUACUACCAACACCGUUAGUGAAAGUUUAGAUACACCCAAGUCGUCCGAACAGCAAGUAGAACGUACUAAAUUAGCACCCUUGAAUUCCAUAGACUCUAAUACACAAGAAACCCAAAGUGAAAGUCCUGUAAGUACAGAAAAAGUGCCAACAAAACGCUUCCGCAAGGUUAUACGCAAGUUAAUACGACCGUUGAAUCGUACAACCGAAGCAACACUGUCGAGUGAAACUAAAGUAGAUACUGAGGUUACAACCAAAACAACUCUUACAGGUGCGUCACAUAUUAAUAGUACGCGCACGAACUUAUUUGGCAAAACCAAUCGUACGCGCUUCGGUAAGGGCGCGAUUUCUGGAAGUACAGAAAAACAAUCUGAAACCGAUGGGGAUGACAGGGCAACCGACACCGAAAUCGAAGCGCAGACAGAUUCUGAAGCCGUUACCAGGACUGUAACAACACAAAAGCCACGCGCUGGCUUGGUACGACCGAAAGCUAAGGACACCACGACUGUUACAAGUGGCAUUCCGCUGCCGACGCGACGUCCGUUUGUGUAUUCGCGCGCGAGUAGCACAACAAAGGCGGCUGCUGAAAACGGAGAAAGUGAUCAGGAAGAUGAAAAUGAAAAUGAGGACGGAGAUGAAGAAGAUGCUGGCGAAGAAGAAGAUUAUGAUGAAGAUGUAGAUGGUACGUCAACACCAUUAGUGGAGCAAGAGAAAGAAAGAGGGAGCGAACAACGUAAUGUAAUAAAAGCGUCUGAAUCGACCGAUAAUAACGGUGUUGAGCAAACACUGCCACCACGACCAAUUUCAGCAACCACACGUUUGAAAAAACUGCUGCCAGAUGUCAGUGCAACAACUGCAAUAAUCACAAAUGAACUUGAAGAGAGCACGAAUGCCGACAGCAACACCAACGUGACGCCAACAAAAAAUACACUACCCAUAACCAGACGUCCUUUCGGUUUACUUGCACGUACCAAAACCACACAAAGUGAAAUUGAAACGGAGAGUAACACUGAGGAACAGGAUACGGUCGAUAUAGCAACCACUACUAUACCGAGACGUCCCUACAGUAUAGGGUCACGCUUGAAAGCCACACAAAAUGAAAGUGAAAGCCAUGGUGAAGACCAAAACAAUGUUGAAGUGACAACGACCUCCAUACCGAAACGUACAUUUGGACUUGGCGCACAGACAAAGUUAAAACUAAAUGAAACUGAAAAUGGUACCCAAGAAGACGAACAUGAAGAAGUCACAACGAAGAGCACGCCGCUGGUUCGGCCAACAUACCGUAGAAAACUCGUCGCCAGACGUCCAUAUGUGCCACCAAAGGUGUCCGGAAUUACGAUCACCACUGCAGUGCCAACGACACUAAAACCAAAACGCAAAUUUGUGCGCCGUAAAUUCGGGCGUUUCCAUCCUUUCAAUGCCGUUAACCGCAACACUGGUGAAGGCUUUGUGCGUACAGAUCCACGCGGUCAAUUGCUGCCGGAAACUAAACGUUUCCGCAUACAGAACGGUAAGCGAGUGCCAAUACCGGAUAGCGAAACUUUAGCUGAAGAUGAGGAAUACGAAGAAUAUGCAGAUGAAAAUGAUGAAGCUGAGGAGGAGGAUGAGGAAGAAACGACCACGAAUGACGAACAAAACAAACCACAAACCCCGGUACCUAUUGUAGCAAUACGUCCAGUUACGCGCCCAACUGGCUUGUUAAAUAAACCACCAACUACAUUGUUAAAUGUGUUGAGAGAAAAGGCUGCAGAAACUGAAGCGGACACCGAAGAAAACGUGGUUAGUGAAAAUGAGGAGGAAGGGGAAGACGAGGAGGAGGACGAAGACGAAGAGGAAGAGGAAGAAAAUGUCGAUGCGUCAGACGAUGAUACAAAACAAGCAUCCCCCAAAUUCAAUACACCUACAUAUCGUCCUAAAGACAACCGCGUACCACCAGGUGCACGCCCCGCACUACCCUCUACCUCUACACCUUCAUCAGGUAAUGUUCCUUUUAACAACAGAGCCCGUCAGCCAUCAUCCUCAGCUGUUGAACGCACCAACGGUAAUCGUUUCGGCACCUCUGCACUCGGCAACACGCGUGUCACAAAUAGACCGCGUGUUGUUAAUCGGCCACAAGGAGUCGUGCCACCAAGCCUACCACUCAAACCAAUUGCCACCACUUUCGAGCGUACCACCCCGGUGGUACCGACAAAACCGGCACCAUUUAUAUCAACCAACACACGUUCCUAUGAACGGAAAUACACAGCCACUUCCACAGAGACACCGGAAAUCAUUAGCGAUAACUCACUUAUUGAAGAUUUAAACAUCGAAGCACUAAAUGCACGCAACAAAAAGAUAUUUGAUAUCAAUAGCAAAAAACACACUACCCUAAAACCGAAAAUAGUCAUACCUGGCGCCAAACAAACACCAACAGAUCAACAACAAGAUACACAAGAUCCCUUUAAACAAAACACAGAAACAGAAAACGAUGAUAAAUACACAGCAGAUGUGGGCGGUGGUGAACAGGGUUACAUAACCACAACACCACGCACAUCCGCCGCUAGCGACACAAACACUGAUUAUUAUGUCAAUGCUAAUGAAAUCUCUUCACAGGACAAUGGGUCAGUCGGUGAACGUACUAUAUUUACGACACCGCAAACACCGACCACGACUCUAUUGCACGUUUUCACGCUGACCGCUGACGAGCAGACAAAUCGGCCACCAACCGCCAGCGCAAAUACAAUUGGACGAUUGGUACCCGAGAGGGCGCGUCCCAAGCACAAAGUGGUAGAGAUCAAUCGUAUUGUUGAGAUCACCUCGAAAGCUGACAAACUGCGACGCAAAUCGAAAUCAAAUCAAGAAUUCCUCAAACCGAUCGGUGAGUCGCAACUACAGGUAGAGUCUUUGCCACAUUUAGAGCAGCUGGGCGAAAUCAGCGUAGUGAAAUUUGUGCAUUUGGUCGAUGGUAGCGAUAUCUCCGUUGAUGGACACAGCACUGUCACCGAUUAUACGCCUACAGAGUCGACUGCAUCAGCACCUGUAAGGAACUCGUUGCCCGAGGGUGUGCCUUACUUUGUACCACAGUAUGCCUAUUCUACGGAGAGUGUGCAAGUACGCACCACUUUGGAACAACGUAACGGUAAAGCAUUGAUACCUGAAGUUAUACGCAGUGCGGUGGAGUCCUCGACCAUCUCUUUGGAAGGCCUUUUCGAAGGGGGACGGCAAGGUAAAGAACUCAAUUCUCUAAAUAAUGUGUACUACAUAUUCGGUACAGACGAAACAACAACAACCAGUACUGUUAACAUAAACGCGAACGUAAACGUAAACGAGAACGAAACACAAAACAUAGAAAUCACAACACCAAGUACAAGCACGACCACAAGUUCGGCUUUACCGACCACCACGACCUUGUCAACGACAGAAACCAUCACCACAACUGCAAGCGCUUUGCCCCUUAUCCCGCAUAGCAAUAGCGUAAAUAACAUUCCUAACGAAGUCUCCACAAAUUUAGAAUCCACAACGAUUGUAGGUAAUACCGUAGAUGAAGAUGAGAAUACAACAUUCAUGCCGUCGAUAACAAACUCAACCACAAUUGAAGCAACUUUCAGCCAAAACAAUGCUACUUUAGCUGAAGUUAACAGUAAUCUCGUGGAAACGACUACAUCCACAGCCACCGAUGAUAAGGCUAGCACCGAUACGCCCGUGAAAUCAAGCACAUACGUAAGACCUGUUGUACCACUACCACUCUUACGUCCCGAAUCCAAUGAGUCCUCUCCACUAGUCAUAACCAUAGCCAACCUCGACAAAGUCAUACUUAGUAAAGUAGAUCGCACAGUCUCAGCCGAAAAUAGGUUGGCGUCCGCCAUCACUGACCAAAACCAACAAAAACAAUUAACCGAACCCAAACCCGCUGACUCGAAUGCGGAUUACUCCAGUCGUUUUGCCUCUGUCGUUGUGGCACCCACCAAUCUCGUACACGACACAAACGCCAAAGCUCAACUCGCAGACGCGAAUGUGUCUAAAACUGUAGCUUCCAGUGUUGGUAAUAGUAGUGACAUUGAUAGCGCUGCAGGUUCUAGUGUUAGUACGAAUACUACGAGUAGCUUAAGUAGUGGCAGCAUAGUGAAAGAAGUGAUAAGCUUUAGCACCGAGACGCAUGUGGUGCGUAAGAAGAAAUCGCGUAAACAUAGGGCGCGAAAAUUGCAAAAAUCCGGUAAACACAGGUCCACCACAGUUGCAGCGCCUGCUGCAACAGUAAUCCCAAAUGUAGUCAGCAAUGAUGAGGGCUACAAAAGUAGCAGCACAAGCGCAAGCGUUACAGAAUUGCCAGCAACAACGCCAGGGCUGAUAACGACGCCGCGCGUGCGCGUCAUACAAUUCAAAUCGAAUCUUUUGCACGAAAUAUCUGUAUGUAAGCCCUUGUGUAUUACCGUACUAAUGCGCUUGUGUUCCAACGUCUUUCAGGUUCGCACACCGACUGCAACGACGAUUGUAACCACCACGGCGCAGACGCGACGACCGGUGCUGAGCGUGCGCCGACGCAAGAUCAAUUCGCCGAACGCUUCAUCAGGUAUAGCUUACCAGACGGCUACGACGUCGUUACAGACGAGCCAAACGGCGGCAGCAACUACAACUACAGCUAAUGCGGACGCUUCGACCAAAAGUGAUGAGCUGCUAAUAAUCACAACAGAAUUACCGACGACGACCUUUAAUAAGUACCAACUACAACGUAAUCGUAAUAAACUGGUAACACCGGCCGCUACAUCAGCAACAGCAACAACAACAGACGAUCUAAAUGCACCAACAACAACGCUAUUUACAGCAGCAGCAAUUACACUGAACAACGCCAACAACAAUCAGAAGAGUUAUUUAAAUACAAAGUAUAGAGCUAAGCUGGCAGCAGCUAGUUUGUCAACGAUCGGCGCAUCAUUAGCAACGGAGACAACAAAUGUCGAUGGGCCAGCAACGGCAGCAACCACAACAGCCAGCAAUGACAUCAUACAGCAAGCAAAUGUCAACGCCAACACCAAACAACCGUCGACUGUGUUGCGCAGAAAAUUCCAAGCACGGCGUCUCAUUUCAACAACAACGGCAAGCGCCACAGACGAUAGUGCCACCGAACAGCCACGCACACCCAAUCCACUCUUCAAACGGCGAUUUUCGCUCGCCGCCAACCCUCCUGCCACAACAAUACUUUCGCCUAGUACAAACACUCCAGCUGAGACGCUCACCACAACGCUCUUCGUAGACGGUUUCGAUGCCGAGGAUGCCAGUGAUCAAGUGGCCAAAUCGAGUGUGCAUACAAAUCAUUUCAAUCAAUUUGUGCAAAAUGCCGAAGAUAAUGAAGCACAAAUACCACCACGAACUCUAACCACCGGCAUCAAGGCCUCACCACUGAAAUCAAAGCCGCACACAGCAGCCACAACAACACAUGCGCCCCUUGAGUCGCAACAGCAAUAUGUAGAAUCCAUCACACGACGUAUGGGCACCGUAGCGGCUACCACGGAAUUCACUGCAGCAAAACGAAAAUCUGUCGCCAGCAAACGAAGGCCACAGAAGUACACGCCCCCUACGCCACAAACGUCGACUGAAAGCUUAGCGUCGCGUCGCAGGCAGUCUGCGAAAGAGACGGUGAACCGGCGACGACCUAACAAGUAUGCCUCCGGCGACAGUUUUGAGCGACUAAAUGGCAAUCAGGCGGCACCGGCAAAGCCAAUCACUCACGUCAGCACGGUGAAGAGUAGCCAUCGACAAGUCGUCGACUAUGACUACUAUGACGAUGAAAAUGAACGCGUUGUUGGCAAUACCGAAGGGCAGCAGUUGAAAGUGAUUCUACACGGGCGUGGCAUAAUCGAAUGCCUGGAUCAAGGCAAUUUCCCGCAUCCGCUAUCGUGCCGGAAAUUCAUAUCCUGUGCCAAAUUCGAGACCGGUGGCGUGGUUGGCUGGGAAUAUACUUGUCCGAAGGGUCUCAGUUAUGACCCGGUUGGUGGCAUGUGCAAUUGGGCAGCCGGUCUCGGCUGUAAGGAGUAAUUGGCGGCGGCAUUAGCAAUCAAAAUCUUACAAAUGUAUACCCUUUGAAUACUGCUAGAAGCAUACUUUCGCACAAAUCGAUUUGCAAACACAGUAUAAAUGCAAUAAAGAAUACUCAUUAAAGUAGCUCAUUGAGAGUUUGACGUCUGCGCCGGAACUCAUACUCAUUCCAUUUUUUAAAACAAAUUUCCUCUAAUCCAUGCAGUAAAUUUGUAGUUUUAAUAAAAUUAUGUGAUUAUCGUUUAUUGUUUCUUUUUCCUUAGUCAUUUAAGCAUAACUUUAAGUUUAAGGUUAAAAAAUGUUAUAUUAAAUUUAGUUAAAUUUUGAAAAUGAAAAAUAUUGUAAAUGCUUAUAUUGGAAAAGUAUUCGUUUAUUGUAAUUUCUUUCGUCUUAUAACGAAUUACCAUACAUAUUUCUACUUUUCUAUGCCAAUACUCUAUAAAUUUCAUUAUUUAUAAUCAAUAAAAAGUAAAAUCUUUACUAUA